AUGGAAGGGAUCUUCAUUGGUGUCUUGUGUCUCUCAGGGUGCCUAACCUUCUCCGAAUGCCUCCUCCAUCAGUACCACUUUUUGUCUGAAGCAAAGACUUGGACUGAAGCUCAGAGCUACUGCAGAGAGAAGUACACAGACCUGGCCACUAUUGGAAACACUGAAGAAAUUAAGAAACUUAACGACACAGUAUCUGCCGCUGGUCACAGCUCUGAGGUUUGGAUUGGCCUGUACAGUCAUAUUGACUGGAAGUGGUCAGAUGGUUUCAACCAGAGUGGAGCUGAAUAUAGGAAAUGGUUGACUGGUGAACCAAACAUUUUAGCAGCCGAUGUGGCCUAUGUGACCACGAAUCCAAAUGGAGGAUGGGCUGAUACUGUCAAUGCGAAGAAGCCAUUUAUUUGCUACAAUGGAACAUUAGAGGAUUCUGAAUUUGUGCGAGUGGAUACAGGAAAGAUUUGGUCCGAGGCUCAGAGGCACUGCAGAGAACACUACACAGAUCUGGCCACUGUGACGAAUGCCGCUGACAACAACAAGUUACGGCUCAUGAUAAUAGCUUCCACAUGGGUAUGGUUCGGUUUGUACAGAGAUCCUGAGAUUUACUGGUCUGACGGGAGUAACUACUCAUUCAGCUCCUGGUAUCAGGGUGGAAACCCACUUGGCUCGAUGAAAGUCGUAUGUGGUGUUGCAGAUCUGGAGCAGGGAGGAAAAUGGAGGAUAUUUUCCUGUGAAGAAAGAAAACCGUUUGUCUGCUACAGCAUCACAACAGUGAAGACUGUGGUGAAGAUGAGGGUGAAGCUAGAGGACUCCUCUUUGGACCUGCAUGACCCUGCUGUGAAAGUACAAAUUCUGAAACAGGCAAGUCUCCAAAAUCCACCCUGA